UGAGCACUAGAAAGCUCCAGACCCAGAGCUGCUGAGGGGCGGGAGAGGAAGGGAGUCACUAAGCCGCAGCCUGGCCCUUCCUCCCAGGGCAGCAUAAAUUCACGCAAACAUUCGUUCGUUCGCUCAACAAACAUUGGGAACCUAAGUGCCAGGCUUGUGCCAGGCCCCAGUCUCUGACCUCAUGGAGCCCGCAGCCCACUGGGGAACAGAUUAAGCCAUGAAACACGAAGAUGAGUGCCACAAAGACGUGAGGCGGGAGCUACUAGAGUAUCAGGACCGACCUCCUUUAGACAGCUAGAUGGGAGAGUCGUUUGUGAAGAAGUGACUUUUAAGCCGAGGCCUGAAGGGUGAUCUGAGGGAGCUGCUCUUGGCCAUCGAUCGACGCGCGACUCCCCCAGGCCCUCGGACCCGGAGCCUGGACAGAGGCUGGGCGGGAAGGCCUGGGCCAGGGGCGGAGCCACCUCGGCGGCGAAAGCCGGAAAGCGGAAGCCGAAGGCUGCUGCCCGGUGGUCGGCUGAGCGGCUCUAGCCCAGAUCGCAGACGGCUGAGUCACUGCAGCCCGGCGCGGCCCGGAGGAGACGAGCGCCGCCACCGCCGCCGCCUCUCGGGCUCCCGGGCUGUCGGGGUCCGGGGCCUUUGCACCUGUCUUUUCCAGCUGGGCACAAAGCCUUUUGCUGUCGCCGUGGCGACUGGAGGCCUAGCGAAGACCUCCUUCACUUUUAAUCCCCCGCAUUUUCUAGUUCAUUCUCUGCUUAUUUUCUGGUCAGUCCGUGACCCUGUAGGCGGGCUCGGACCGGCGAUCGAUUUUCCGCCCUCAGGGCGCUGGGCGGCCGGCUGCCUCCGAGGCUGGGGCGGCCUCUGCGGUCUCCAUGGUAACGGCCUCGCCGGCGUCUCCGCCUAGAGGGGAAGAUGCGGCCUGCCUGGCCCGCCGCCUCGCCCCCGGCCUCACGGUGGGACCCCGGGCACUGAGGACGAAGGUCCCGGGUGCCGGCCCGCGGGGCAACGGGCACUAGGUGAGAGCCGGACGCCGGCGAGCGAAGGAGGCGGGUGCCGGGCGACUCCAGCGGCCGCCCCUGCCCCUCCCCCGCACCCACGAACACGCUCGCCCGAAAUACUGCAGAGGCUUCUCCGGUCGCCGCUGCGCCAGUUUUUUUUGUUUGUUUGUUGUGUUUUCCCUGGCAAACAGCUGGAGAAAGAGCAGCUCAUGGAGAGGCUGAGAGAAGCGGUUUUCGCGUCCUACCCAAACUGGGAGAGUAACCUUCAGCAGCUGGACUCACCGAUUGGUUUUCCUUCAUUUUCAGUGAAAUCCCAUUCUCUGACUGGAGACACAGAUGGCCUCAAAUGAGAGAGAUGCUAUAUCGUGGUACCAAAAGAAGAUUGGAGCCUACGAUCAGCAGAUAUGGGAAAAGUCAAUAGAACAGACUCAGAUUAAGGGUUUGAAAAACAAACCGAAAAAGAUGGGCCACAUAAAGCCAGACUUGAUUGACGUUGACUUAAUCAGAGGGUCAACAUUUGCCAAAGCAAAACCUGAAAUUCCAUGGACAUCUCUGACUCGGAAGGGGCUUGUUCGAGUUGUGUUUUUUCCAUUGUUCAGCAAUUGGUGGAUUCAGGUUACCUCUUUAAGAAUCUUUGUUUGGCUGUUACUACUUUAUUUCAUGCAAGUUAUAGCAAUUGUCUUAUAUUUGAUGAUGCCUAUUGUGAACAUAAGUGAAGUACUUGGACCCUUGUGCCUUAUGCUACUCAUGGGAACUGUCCACUGUCAAAUUGUGUCUACUCAGAUAACAAGACCAUCAGGAAACAAUGGAAAUCGAAGAAGAAGAAAAUUACGAAAAACUGUAAAUGGUGAUGGGAGCCGAGAAAAUGGAAAUAACUCCUCUGAUAAAGUCAGAGGAAUAGAAACUUUGGAAUCUGUACCCAUUAUUGGUGGUUUUUGGGAGACUAUCUUUGGCAACAGGAUUAAAAGAGUAAAAUUAAUAUCUAACAAAGGGACUGAAACUGACAAUGACCCAAGUUGUGUCCAUCCUAUCAUUAAGAAGAGACAAUAUCGACCAGAGAUUAGAAUGUGGCCAACAAGAGAGAAAGCAAAAUUUUCAGAUGGAGAAAAGUGCCGUAGGGAGGCUUUUAGGCGUUUGGGUAAUGGGGUGUCUGAUGACCUGUCAAGUGAAGAAGAUGGUGAAGCACGGACACAGAUGAUAUUAUUGCGUAGGAGUGUGGAAGGGGCCUCAAGUGACAAUGGUUGUGAAGUUAAGAAUAGAAAACCAAUACUUUCAAGGCACCUAAACUCUCAGGUAAAGAAAACCACUACAAGGUGGUGUCAUAUUGUGCGGGAUUCAGAUAGUCUGGCUGAAUCAGAAUUUGAAUCAGCAGCCUUCAGCCAGGGCUCUAGAUUGGGUGAGAGUGGUGGCUCUCGAAGCCUCAACAUGUCAAGAAGAGACUCAGAAAGCACCCGCCAUGACUCGGAGACUGAGGAUAUGUUAUGGGACGACCUGCUACAUGGCCCAGAGUGCCGGUCAUCUGUCACCAGUGACAGUGAGGGGGCCCAUGUGAAUACCCUUCACUCAGGGACCAAACGUGACCCCAAAGAGGAUGUUUUUCAGCAGAAUCAUUUAUUCUGGCUUCAGAAUUCAAGUCCUUCCUCUGAUCGUGUUAGUGCAAUAAUCUGGGAGGGGAAUGAGUGCAAAAAGAUGGAUAUGUCUGUGUUGGAAAUAAGUGGCAUCAUCAUGAGCAGGGUCAAUGCCUAUCAUCAAGGAGCAGGUUAUCAGAUGCUAGGAAAUGUUGUCACUAUUGGAUUAGCAUUUUUUCCAUUCUUACAUCGACUUUUCCGUGAGAAGAGCCUUGACCAACUAAAGUCCAUUUCAGCUGAGGAGAUCUUGACUCUCUUUUGUGGGGCACCACCUGUUACACCUAUUAUUGUUUUGUCCAUAAUUAAUUUUUUUGAAAGAUUGUGUCUUACUUGGAUGUUUUUUUUCAUGAUGUGUGUGGCAGAGAGAACAUAUAAACAGAGAUUUUUAUUUGCAAAACUCUUCAGCCAUAUUACUUCUGCCAGGAAAGCUAGGAAAUAUGAAAUACCUCAUUUCAGACUUAAGAAGGUGGAGAAUAUUAAAAUAUGGUUAUCACUGCGUUCCUAUCUAAAGAGACGGGGGCCACAGCGUUCAGUUGAUGUGGUUGUAUCUUCGGUCUUCCUACUGACACUUUCGAUUGCUUUCAUUUGUUGUGCUCAGGAAUUGAAUUCCAGGUUGCCAGUUAUUUCCUUUCAGCACUUUUAGGAUUCUAUUGCUUUCUGAUUUCCACAUUUUAUCUUGAGAAGUCUGCUGCUAGGGUGCCAUGACAAGCCAAAGCUAAUAUGAGUCAAACUCAGUGGGGAGGCAGAAAACAAAGGUCUUGUAAGGCAAUGGAGCUGGCUAAGAGGAGUGGAGAUGGGAGCCUACGUAGCCCUGGGGGAAGCGAGAUGGAGAGGGCAGCUGCUUGGUGACUUCCUGUUUUUCACAAGGUUUCUGUGAGCAUUAUCUGUAUGUUUUUCAGUAAAUUCCAUCUUACUUUGGGCUUGAGUAAAUUUCUUUACUUUUAAAUCAACAAAUUUAAAAACAAAAACAAAAACCUUUUACCAGAAAAUUUGACACAUAAUAGGCACUCAAUAAAUGGUAGUUGCUGCUGCUAUUGUUAUUUGGAGCCUAAAACAGAAUAAAGAACUGAUCCUUAGGAUUUUCUAGUCAUACUAGUGGAAUGAGCCACAUGUUUUAGGGAGCUCAGUUGACAUAAUGCAAAGUUAUUACUUUGAAUAAUGGUUGCCAUAUAGUUGUGAGCGGACACACUGAUAGUUAAAGUAGCUGCAAAUGCAUUUGUCUUAUUUUAUUUGUGUAUUUUCCUUCUUUGUUACUUCUAGACCCUUGCUAAAGGAGAAAAUCUAGAAAACUUAGAGAAAUAUAUAGAGAUUAAAUAAAUAGGUAAUACUUUAUGAGUAUUAAAGCUCUUCUGCUUUGAGUAUUGAAAUAUUGGAUUUUUGGAAAUGUUCUUAAAUUGACAGAGUAAAAGAGUAAUUACAUGAUUUUAAGGUAAAUGAAAAACUUAACUUUUUUUUGAUCCUUUGUAUAGGUUCUCCAAGGACAUAAAACUUUCCUGAAUGAUGCUUAUAACUGGGAGUUUUUGAUCUGGGAAACAGCUUUACUACUUUUCUUAUUGCGUCUGGCCUCAUUGGGGUCUGAAACCAAUAAGAAAUACAGCAAUGUUUCGAUAUUACUUACAGAACAGGUAUUGAUCAGUCCUGUCAAUUGGGUUUAGUGGUUAGGGGUAGCGUAAUAUGCUGUAAGUUUCCUGCAGAGGAUUCAGGGUUUAAUCACUGUCUAGCUGUCACUUUCUAGCUACAGGACCUCACGAGUCACUUUGCUGCUCUGUAGUUGCUUAUCCCUAAUAAAAUGGAUGUAAUAUCUCCUCCUGCUCUGUGAGAAUUAAGAUCUAAUGGAUUGAAAAGACUUUGUAUACUAUAGAGAGAUUUUUAUUGGUGGUAAUGGAGCAUGCUUUUAAUCUCAUAUUCUAUGUCAAGUAUUAGAUCUUUAGAGUACUUGUCAUUUAGCAUGUAUAAUAAGCUUCUUGAAUUCUGUAUCAGACAUAGAAUACAUUAUUCAGUGUUUGGAAAAUACUUGUUUUCAGUAUGUGAAUAGACACUAAGAUUGAGAAAUAUCUCUUGUAAAUACAGAGUAGUAUAAAGUUUUUUUAAUUUUGUUUUAAAUUUCAAGUUUUUCCAUAAACUUUGAAUAAAAACAUUUAUCAUUCUUU